AUGGAGGCAACCAGGAGACGAGCCCAGCCCAGCGCCAAUGGGAAAUCGCCUGAACAGGUGGAUCAGGCGGCGCAGUGGGGGAGGGCAUGGGAGGUGGACUGGUUUUCCCUCCUCAGCGUGAUCGGCCUCCUGUGCUUCGCCCCCUUCAUCGUCUUCUACUUCGUGAUGGCCUGCGACCAGUACCAGUGCUCCAUCAGCCAGCCGCUGGUCGAGCUGUAUCGGGGAGAGACGACCCUGCUCUCCAUCUGGACCCGGGCCCCCUCCUUCACAUGGACGGCUGCUAAGAUAUAUGCCAUCUGGGUGGGCUUCCAGGUGUUCCUCUAUAUGUGUGUUCCAGAUAUUACGCACAAGUUUAUUCCCGGUUAUGUUGGUGGAGUACAGGAUGGAGCGCGGACCCCUGCUGGUCUCAUUAACAAGUAUGAGAUCAACGGGCUGCAGUGCUGGUUGAUCACUCAUGCCUUGUGGUUCCUCAACGCCAAGUACUUUCACUGGUUUUCUCCCACCAUCGUCUUUGAUAACUGGAUCCCCCUGAUGUGGUGCACCAACAUACUGGGCUACGCUGUGUCCACUUUUGCCUUCAUAAAGGCGUACUUGUUCCCCACCAAUGCUGAAGACUGCAAGUUCACGGGAAACGUCUUCUAUAACUACAUGAUGGGUAUCGAGUUUAACCCGCGCAUCGGGGAGUGGUUCGACUUCAAGCUGUUCUUCAACGGCAGACCGGGCAUUGUCGCCUGGACUCUGAUCAACCUGUCCUACAUGGCCAAGCAGGAGGAACUGUACGGCCACGUGACCAACUCCAUGAUUCUGGUCAAUGUUCUGCAGGGUAUUUACGUGUUGGAUUUCUUCUGGAAUGAGGCGUGGUACCUGAAGACCAUCGAUAUCUGCCACGACCACUUUGGAUGGUAUCUGGGCUGGGGGGACUGCGUCUGGCUGCCAUACCUCUACACUCUGCAGGGCCUGUACCUGGUUUACCAACCCGUGCAGCUCUCGGACACCCAGGCUUUAGCUGUCCUGGCGCUGGGCCUCGUGGGCUAUUACAUAUUCCGCUCCACCAACCACCAGAAGGAUCUGUUCCGCCGCACCGAGGGCUCCUGCUCCAUCUGGGGCCAAAAGCCCAGCUACAUCGAGUGCUCGUACCGCUCCUCGGACGGCGGCCUCCACCGCAGCAAGCUGCUGACCUCGGGCUUCUGGGGCGUGGCCAGGCACCUGAACUACACCGGCGACCUGAUGGGCUCGCUGGCCUACUGCGCCGCCUGCGGGUUCGGCCACCUGCUCCCGUACUUCUACAUCGUGUACAUGACCAUCCUGCUGGUCCAUCGCUGCGUGCGCGACGAACACCGCUGCAGCAGCAAGUACGGCAAAGACUGGAGCCGCUACACCGACGCCGUGCCUUACCGGCUCAUUCCCGGAGUGUUUUAG